GCAUGACUGUGGGACAAGCGAGCGCCGUAUGUAGUAACUUCAGCACCUGGACAGCGACCUCCGCGGAACGCGCGGUAGAUAUUGAUACACGCGCUGCACGCUACUCCUGAGGCAACGACAUGGCUUGAAAUGCUGCGUUAAAGUGAAGCGUGAAGUAUUUUGUGGUUUGAAAGCGCUGACAUACAUCACCACUGCCGAGAAGCGUUGUUUAGUGCGGAGUCUCCCUCAUUCACAGGCUUCGCUCUUCCGGACGGCGCACGCUCGCUGGCUGUGGCAAGAGGAGGAAAAGUAACUGUCAAGACGCGCGCGUCUCCGCUUACAUCCCACCGACGAGAUUUACAUGAAGAUGCAUUCACCCGCCGGCACCGGAUUGAAGCUCUUGCUGUGGAUUUUUAGCCACAUCAGCAUCUCUCAGGCAGCUUCUCCAUCACUCCAAAAAUGUGAUGAAGCCCUGGUCACACCGCUCCCGCAUAAUGCCUUUACCAGCUCCUCUGUGUUCACCGGUGGCUAUGCACCUGGAUAUGCCAAGUUAAACAAGAGAGGAGGCGCUGGAGGCUGGUCUCCACUGGACAGUGAUCAUUAUCAGUGGCUGCAGGUUGACCUGGGAAGCAGGAAACAGGUCACAGCCGUUGCCACACAGGGUCGAUAUAGCAGCUCUGAUUGGACAACACGCUACCGACUUCUGUACAGUGACACAACCAGAAACUGGAAACCAUACCAUCAAGAUGGCAACAUCUGGGCAUUUACAGGUAACUCCAAUACAGAGAGCGUGGUUCGGCAUGACAUGCAAAACCCUAUUGUGGCCCGAUACCUGCGCAUCAUUCCUUUAGACUGGAGCGAAGAGGGUCGGAUCGGCCUCAGGUUCGAGAUCUACGGGUGCCCUUACUGGGCAGAUGUGAUUAAUUUCGAUGGGCAGGGGGUGAUCUCUUACCGCUUCAAAAUGAAGAAGAUGAAGAUUUUGAAGGACGUGAUUGCCCUGAAGUUUAAAACGUCAGAGAGUGAAGGGGUGAUUUUGCACGGCGAGGGUCAACAGGGCGACUACAUCACUCUGGAGUUAAGGAGAGGCAGACUUCUGCUGCAGAUAAACCUUGGCAGUAAUCAGUAUGACUCCAUCCUGGGCCAUACAUCCGUGACCAGCGGCAGUCUUCUGGACGACCAUCAUUGGCAUUCUGUAGUAAUUGAACGCUACAGGAGAAACGUCAAUUUUACUCUCGAUCAGCAUACUCAGCACUUUCGCACCAACGGGGAAUUUGACCACCUUGACCUGGAUUAUGAGCUUAGUUUCGGAGGAAUGCCUUAUUCUGGGAAGCCAAUCUCCGGAGGCAGACGGAACUUCAAAGGAUGCAUGGAGAGCAUCAACUACAAUGGAGAGAACAUCACUGACCUAGCCAGACGAAAGAAACUGGACACCUCGAGCUUUCGAAACCUGACGUUCUCCUGCGUGGAGACGCACACAUUCCCCGUGUUUUUCAAUGGCACCAGCUUCCUGCAGUUGCCUGGCAGGAGGGACCACAAUAUGGUGUCUGUAGGUUUCCAGUUCCGAACUUGGAAUCCCAGCGGCCUGCUCCUGUUUAGCUCUCUGGCAGAUGGGAUGCUGGAAUUGGCUCUGAAUGGUGGAAAAGUCACGGCGCACAUCAACGUCACCCAGCAGAAAAACAUGCUCGUCGACGUUGCAUCAGGUUCUGAUCUGAAUGAUGGAGAAUGGCAUGAUGUUCGUUUCCUGGCCAAGGAGAACUUUGCCAUGCUGACCAUUGAUGGCGACGAAGCAUCGGCUGUGAGAAGCAACUCACCCGUCCAGAUCACAACAGGAAGCACAUACCAUUUUGGAGGUUAUUUCUUAAGAACCAGAGCAUCCCCAUCUCAGCGCUCUUUCCAGGGUUGCAUGCAGCUCAUUCAUGUGGACGAUCAGCUGGCCGACCUGGCUGCGGUGGAGCAGGGAAGAACCGGUGCCUUCGAGAACGUCAGCCUGGACAUGUGUGCCAUCAUUGACAGAUGUAUGCCAAACCACUGUGAGCAUGCAGGAAGAUGCAGUCAGACCUGGGACGGGUUCACAUGCACCUGUGAUGGGACGGGGUAUACUGGAGCCACCUGUCAUACAUCUGUUUAUGAGCAGUCAUGCGAGGCCUACAAGCACUUGGGCAGAUCAUCAGAUGCCUACUGGAUUGACCCAGAUGGAAGCGGACCUUUAGGUCCCUUCAAAGUCAUCUGCAACAUGACGGAGGACAAAGUGUGGACAACUGUGGUGAAUAACCUGCCGGCACAGACGCCAGUAACAGGCUCCAGUCGGGAGAGAAGGACUGUACUGCAGCUCAACUACAGUGCCUCUAUGGAGCAGGUCACAGCUAUAACCAACAGUGCCGAACACUGCGAACAGCACAUAGCUUACGCAUGCCGAAUGUCAAGACUGCUCAACACACCAGAUGGAACGCCUUACACUUGGUGGGUGGGCCGGGGCAACGAGAAGCACUUUUACUGGGGCGGCUCCGCACCCGGCAUUCAAAAAUGUUCGUGCGGCAUCGAGCGCAACUGCACCGACUCCAAAUAUUACUGCAACUGCGAUGCCGACCAGAAGCCGUGGAGGGAAGAUUCUGGGCUUCUUGUGUAUAAAGAUCACUUACCGGUGAGCCAAGUAGCUGUUGGGGACACAAAUCGACCCGGUUCAGAGGCCAAACUGACGGUGGGACCUCUCCGUUGCCAUGGAGACCGAAGCUACUGGAACGCAGCGUCCUUCAACACCCCAUCCUCAUAUCUGCACUUCUCCACUUUUCAAGGAGAAACAAGUGCUGACAUCUCCUUUUACUUCAAGACCUCUGCUCCCUACGGCGUCUUCCUGGAGAACUUAGGGAACACGGAUUUCAUUCGUCUGGAGUUGAAAUCCUCUACGGUGGUGUCGUUCUCGUUCGACGUGGGAAAUGGGCCUGUGGAGCUCAACGUUCACUCUCCCGCCCCGCUGAAUGACGACCAGUGGCACAAAGUGAGUGCCGAGAGGAAUACGAAAGAGGCCAUUCUGACCCUAGACCAGAAAUACAAGGAGGUUCGACCUGCUCCUACACAAGGACACACACGUCUAGAGCUCUACAGCCAACUCUAUGUGGGUGCAUCCGGAGGUCAAAGAGGAUUUCUCGGAUGCAUCCGAUCUCUCAAGAUGAACGGGGUGACCCUUGACCUGGAGGAGAGAGCAAACGUCACCCCUGGAGUGAAGCCCGGGUGCUCGGGUCACUGCACCAGUUUUGGGAUGUAUUGCCGUAAUGGGGGCAAAUGUGUGGAGAAAUACAACGGCUAUUCCUGUGACUGCACCUCCACAGCGUAUGAUGGACCUUUUUGUUCUAAAGAUGUUGGAGGUUUUUUUGAGGCAGGAACACUGGUCAGAUAUAACCUGACACCAGACGUGGUGGCUGCAGCCUCCGGCCUGGAAGACAAGAGCUUAACUCAGAUCAGUACAACAGAGAGCAACUUAACACGUGAAGACCUCACCUUCAGCUUCAGUACCUCCACAUCUCCCAGCGUCCUGGUUUAUGUCAGCUCUAAAACGCAGGACUAUAUGGCUGUGGUGCUCCGUCACAAUGGCACCCUACAGCUGCGUUAUAACUUGGGUGGCCUUAGAGAGCCUUUCACCAUUGAUAUCGACCAGAGGAAUCUAGCCAACGGGCAACCCCACACCAUCAACAUCUCUCGAGUCGAGAGAGACAUUGAGAUACAGCUGGAUCAUUAUCCACCAGUCAGUUAUACCCUGCCUGAAGCCUCAGACAUACAGUUCAACCUGGUCAAGUCUCUCUUCCUUGGACAAGUCUUUGAAACCGGUCACAUCGACCCGGUGAUUAUCGAAAAAUACAACACCCCGGGGUUUGUAGGCUGUCUUUCUAGAGUGCAGUUCAACGACAUCGCUCCUUUGAAAGCUGCACUCAGGUCCCGUGGUUCUGCACCUGUCACACACCAGGGUAAACUAGUGGAAUCCAACUGCGGAGCGUCACCCCUCACAAUCCCACCCAUGUCCGCUGCAACUGACCCGUGGCACCUAGAAGGAGGUGCGGAUUUCCCCUUCAAUGAGGAAAGAGUCAUACCAGAUGGGGUUAAUAGGAAUUCAGCUAUAAUAGGAGGUAUCAUUGCAGUAGUGAUCUUCACUAUUCUGUGUACGCUGGUGUUUCUUAUCCGCUACAUGUUUCGCCAUAAAGGCACCUACCAUACCAAUGAGGCCAAAGGGGGAGAGUCGUCCGAGUCGGCCGACGCGGCCAUUAUCAACACUGACACCAAUUUCACAGAGACCAUCGAUGAAAGCAAGAAGGAAUGGUUCAUCUAAUUGAAUGAUGGGCUGGGGUAUAUAAACUCUUUACGAAUCUUUUUUUGAUUAUCUAACGUUUUUGAAUCAAGCUCAUGAUCCAGUUUGGGAAACUGUUCUGUAUAUAGUGACUGGCUGGUCUCUUUUUAUUGUGUUUUCAAGUGGGUAAUCUCUUGAUUCACAUUAAUAAAUGAUUUCACCAUGCAUUCAUUUUUAACACAAACCUAAUUAUUUGCCAAAAUCCUUGUUUUAGUCAUUUUUGUGUUCUUAUGGUUAAUCUUUUGAUAUGUGUGGGAAAUGACUGUAAAUUUUAAAUGCUCUAUAUAAAAAUGUUUAUUUGAUUCAUUGCACAAAUUACAAAAUUCAAAUGACAUUACAAUAUAUAUAUCAUCAGUAUUACACUGAGCUGGAAAUACUGAAGCAUGCACCAAGAAUUUGGUCAAAUCAACUCUCUCCAUUUGCACAAUUAUGCAGAUUUUUUUAUUGUGGAAACCUUCAGGUUUUUUUUUCAUGCCAAACACCUCUCAGUCUUAAGCAUUUGUUUCACUAAAGGCUUUAAUCGUGGCAUAAAGAUGUUGUUUUGAGAGAUCAUCAAUAUCUGUGAUUCAUUUAUGCAAGCUGUGUGGUUAAAGCAUUGGCAAAUGAACACGCACGCAUGCACCACCAAUGUUUGUCAUGGCAGAUAAAGAGGGUGGGACUACUGACACCCAAUCAAAUGACUUAAUUCAAGGUGCCUUUAGGAUUCAGCCAAUCAGCUUCGUAUUUGUUUUAAAGUUAUUAAUCCAGUAUAUACCAUUCAAAACGAAAUCCCAAUAAAUCAAAUGGCUGAUAUUUAUUUGAUGUCUGAGCAGAAAGGUUUAGAGCGGAAACAGCAGUGUUAUACAAAUGUUGUUUAAUUUUACAUACAUGCUACAAUAUUUGAAGCAUUUAUUGAAAAUGUGCACUUGUGUUUACGUUAAAGGCAUGCAUUUUGUCGAAUUGCUGUCAAACUAUUUUUCAUUAUGCUUUUGUAUAUUAUUAAUUCUUUUUAAAUAUAAAAUUUCAAAUAAAGGUUAAUUUACAUACGGAUGAUGAAUUUUCUCAGACUGGCUUUCGGAAAACUGAGUGAUGUUUAUUUGAGGUGAGGUAUAAAAUCUCUGUCAUGACAUACAUAUCAUUAAUACUUCUAAAAGAAAUGUUUAGAUUUGUUAUGAUCUUUUGCACUUGUUAACACUUGUGGCAUGAAUGAGUUUUCAACAGGUAAAUAUGCAUACCUAUAUAGUGUUAUUAAAAAAGUAACGUUUUAUAUUGAAAGAUAUAUGCUUAAAGGGUUUCGAAUGGUUUCUUGUGUUCACAGACUAUAACAUGAAGUUUUGUUGAAUAUUUAUUUUAAGCUAAACAUUUCAAUCCAAUUGAUCUUUUUAGGGAGUUUCAAAUUCAGGAUUGCAGAUUCGGUGUAAUGUAAGUUUUAAUGGUGCAGUGAUUUGAACACUUCUAUUUUAAUAUUCAUUUCCUCAUCCUUCAUUUACAUUAAGAGUUAAAAUAUUGUUUUGUAUACCUGUAGGUUUAGUCAGUUAACAUUCACAAUAAAUGAAAUAUAUAUUUUUAUGAUGAUAUUUUGUAGAUGACCAAGCCCUUCAUUGUGUCUCAUCUAUAUGUGUAUUACAAGCCUGAAUAUUAAAAAUGUUUUAUGGAUCUGUAAAGAAAAUGUUGUAUUAGAAAGUUUCCUUGUGGUGGAGACAGAAAAAAGCAUUGAUGAAUUGUCAUACCAUCCUUUCCAUUUACCUUUAUCAAUAUUAUUUUAUGUAAAAGUUGAGUUUAUAUUUUGUUUUUAAUAAUUAGAAGUCUCUUCUAAUCUUUUGGCUCUCUCUCAUAUGGCACAUGUAUAGGCCUUUUAUUAAUUGUAAAUACCAGUUUUUGAGCACAACAAUUCAAGAAAAGUUCUGACAUUUGUAUUAUUUAUGAGUAAAUAUAAGAGUGAUAAGUGUAAACCGAAUAUUUACUCUUCAGUAUCUAUGAUUGCAUUCUGCUUGUGUAUUAAACGUAUUCUUUUAACAGCAGCAUGACCACUGUAUGUGAACUUACUGUACAUACUGUACUUUAAACAAUAUCACAAUUGUAUUUACUCUUGGGGGCAUAUUUUUUACCUUUUGUUAUGAUGUCGACAAAGUCAGGAAUGAAUAGUACAAUACUUUUUAUAUAUUUAGAGCAACACAGUUCUUAACUGGCUGUUUAACGUUAAAUAUUUGUACUAACCACUUUUCAUCCAUCUCAUUAUUGUGUGAGGCCUAAUUGCAAAAUAAAAGAAUUUCUCAUCAAUGUGGCUAUUCUUAUGGGAAGGGAAUAAAAAGUACCUAUUAAAUGCUUUUUCGUGUAGUUUUUAUUUUAACUCGUCUAGCCUACAAUACAGGACAGAUUUUUGUACAUUGUUUGUCAUUAUUUUAAAUUGUCCUUUAAGCAUUUACUAACAGUGUUACCUAGCUCAGUUUAUUGUUCACAAUUUUGUUGACAAUACUGUGUAAAACAGUGACCUUAUUUCUUAAAAUGUUUUCAAAUUGCAUCACUGGAAUGAACACUGUAAGGUUUCUAAUCGAUUUACAACUCAAUAUUGUCACUUAGUGGUGAAUAGUUGCAACAACAUGCAGGAUUCCUACCUGACACCUGUCGAAAAAAUGCUUAGUAACGAUAUGGCUAAUUGAAAUAUAUUUAUACCACAAUAUGUUUAAAUACUCGAUUCUGAUUGGCUGGAAGGUGUUCAGUAAAACCAUUUAAUGCACAGGUAGUUCCAGUCAGUUUGAUUACAUGUAAGGGAUAAUCCACGGCUAACCAUGCAUUAAUUAAAAAUAAUAAACAAAUUAAAAAUUGUAGUCGUUUUUGUCACAUUUUAGGAUAACGACUUACUUUACUGAAUGACUGAGCAUACACAAUCGUUUAGAAACCUAAAUAUAUAGGAAAGAGUUUCAUUAGUUAUGUCUGCUAAAUGCGUUCAUUUACGAGUGGGAUUCCUUUUGAACAACUCGAGGAGUCUUAUCAGAGAAGAGAGCAAAUUUAUCUGUAUUUAUUUAUGGGUGAACACAAGGGGUCGCUGUUUCUCUCUGAGCUGUGACGUAUGAUGACGCUGUUCUACGACGUCAGCUACAGCGGCAUCACGGGGCCUUGACUCUUACAGCAGGACGGUAAAUACACAUACAGAUUCUGGAAGGUGUAUGUGUGCUGCACAUCCACAUCAAUUCAGCUGUCUCAAGAACUGGGCUAUCAUCAUCAUCAUCAAGUGGUGUAAUGUUUAAAAAUGACUUUUCGUUAAAUUAGCUAGAGAAUAUUGAUCUCAGCAGUGCUUAGAAUAAACCUGGUUUUGUUCCUUACCUUUAAAACCAGCUCAAAGUUGCCAGCACAAAGUUUCAGAAAAAAUGCCACGGUCAAAGGAUAUUCCAGAAGAUGUCAAAGAAAGGGUUAUUUCUUGCCAUCAGUCGGGGAAGGGUUACAAAACCAUUUCAAAGACUAUGGGACUUCACCUCUCCACCGUCAGAUCUAUAAUCUCUAAAUGGAAAACUUUUGGAACAGUGAUGACUCUACCCAGGAGUGGUCGACCUCCCAAAAUUUCUCCAAAGGUACAAUGUAAAAUCAUCCAGGAAGUCACAAAAAACCCUGAAAUAACACUGAAAGAACUGCAGGCUUCUCUUGCUUUGACUAAAGUUCACGUUCAUGAGUCCACCAUCAGAAGGAGACUCUACCAAAUUAGACAUCUUGGAGCGUAUUAAAGCAAGAACAACUGAAGAAGAAUAAAAGAAAUGGUAUUCUCUUGAAAAAGCUUCAGGAUGACUCCCAACUGUGCGAGAAGAACAUUAAGACAGAAGUGGCCGAAGUGGAAGUUUCUCUAUAAUAUGUGACCUUUCAUGUCGGGUGUAAAUAAAAUAGACAAACAAUA